GAAAUAGUUGAUGAAGCAAAAAGAACCUUGCUAUUCUAAAGAAUAGUGCUUUUCUGGGACCGAAAUCCGCAACUGAAUAUCGAUUUUUGACCUAAUUGGAAUCACCGAAAUCAACGAAGAAAUGGCAGACACACUCACAAACCUCUUCCGCAGUAGCUGGUGUUUGGGCUAGUGAAGCGUUGAUGAUACCCUUGACCCAAAAGCCGAUGUCCCCCCGUUGCUGAACUCAAGGCAUCACUCAUCGAUUCAUCCCCUGCUCCUGCCCAUUCGGUGAAACCUUCUAAUUCAUUUUCUGUUCUACAUAUACAUUUUUUGUAUAUUACAAUACACAUUUGUUAUACUAUUUUUAUUUAAAUUUCUUUGUGAUUACUAUAAUGUCGCUGUCUUUCUCACUUAAAAUUUGAUUUCUUCCAUUCUUUUCUUGAUCGAUGGCCAAACCCUAUUCUUGUUUUUUCAAAUUUGAUAUCUUCCAGGCAUAAUUCUUUGUCAGUUUUUUUAUUGCUCAUUUCCUUCGUUGGAAUCAUGGAUCGCUGGACUGGGAUUCUGAAGGUGCCGCUGUACACAAGCAGCAGCAAUACGUACUUCCGGGUUGCGGCGUCCCUCCGCCUAUCUCCUUCUCCCAACACGUUUGCUGUACCUGCUGCAAAUGCUAUAUUUUUCAGUGGAGAUCGAGUUGAAGGGAGUGGGAAUCCAGUAGUUGAGAAGCUAUCAGAUUUGCAGAGAGUUGUUGAAAUUUUGAUUUCUAAAUUUGGGGACACUAUCAAUGCUUGGGUGGUCGAACCACCCAUAUUCAAUGGCCCUUUCGGUGUUUACAAAGACUUCAUCCCUUCAAUUAAUUAUUCUGGAGAGCCAAAAGUUUAUGAAGCAAAGGAAUUCCCAGCAUCUUCAUCUAUUGUCUUGCUCUUGUGGAAUUGCCUGAAAGAGGCUAAAAAUAUCACUGCAGGGAAGAAGCUAAAACAACCUUUCACUGCUGAGGUUUCUACGCCGCCGUCUUUUGACAAACCUAGGACUAUACUCCUAGGUUUUAGUAAGGGCGGAAUUGUACUUAACCAGCUUCUUGCCGAGCUUGCCCUCUCCCCAGCUCACUCCCCUGAAGAUAAAGACCCCCAAGCAAACAAAGACAAGAUCAUACCUACUUCCAAAGAAAGUUUUGUAAACAGCAUUGCUGAGUUCCACUACGUUGAUGUUGGUCUGAACAGUAAAGGAGCAUACAUCACCAACCAAGAUGUGUUUGACAAAAUUUCUGAACGAUUUGAUAAAGGAGCGCCCGGCAUUCGGUUUUUCUUACAUGGGACCCCCAGGCAGUGGUAUGAUGUCAGGCGAAGUUGGAUUAAAGAAGAGAAGGAUGAACUCUUUCGGCUUCUUAAAGGAGUUGCUCAUAGAAACAUGGGGAGAGUGCAUAUUCGUGAGCGGUUGUAUUUUGGUAACAUGCCCCCAAAUUUGCCGAUGCAUUUUGAAAUCAUUGAGCGUCUGGAUGUUAGCUGAGUGUGAGUUUAUUCCCAUGUUGCAAUUUUAUAAUGCAAGCCAAGACGUUAGCUGAGUGUGAGUUUAUUCCCAUGUUGCAAUUUUAUAAUGCAAGCCAAGACGUAUAUAGGACAAGAUUAUUUUAUACGUAGUACUUUAU